CAUACUUAGUGUUUUGGAAGACCUUCGUUAAGGAGGCAGGAGAGCGUUGGUUAGGCGGCUGCUGUAAAGUGCUGCGGGAAACCCUGAUGUAUAUAUUUCAGAUUUGCUUGGCCCUGUCCUUGAGAUAGCUUCACAGCCAAGCUACACCAACAUCAGUGGUGGAAAAUAACCAAGCACUGUACUCAAGUACGCAUUUCAGGUGAACAAAAUGGAAGAUUGGGAAGAGGGAACUGGUAGCAAAACUACUGCAUUAACCAGCUACUACGAAAGUGAAGGACCACAAAGAGACUCUUCAAACUCUGACCGGGGCAAAUAUGGAAGGGGUCGUGGAGGCAGAGGAGGAUUCAAAAGUUCAUUCUCAGGUGUUGAUGAGAAUGGGAAUGAUGGUGGCAACUGGAACAACAAAGAAGGAAGUGGAUUUCGAGGCAGAGGCCGCGGAAGAGGAUCAGGCAGCACGGAUCAAGGUGAAUUACCCGGAGAGGGAGAUGGGUCGUUUGAAACUGCGUUCGGAGGCAGAGGAGGUUUCCGACAAGGUGGAGAACAGGGAUCCAGAGGAAGAGGCGCCGGAGGAGGCUACCGAGGAAGAGAUGAAGAUUGCUAUGCUCAAGGCGCUCCUAAAGAUCCAGAAAACAAAGGUGGCUUUGAUCAAGGAAGACCAAGGGUCACAUAUAUCCCUGAUGCACUCCCCGAAGAUGAAGAAUCCAUCUUUGCCCACUAUGAGAAAGGCGUCAACUUUGAAAAGUAUGAUGACAUGCUGGUGGAUGUCAGUGGAAGUAACCCCCCACCGCCUAUCAUGACUUUUGAUGAGGCAGCAUUGUGCGAGUCACUUAAAAAAAACAUCAUCAAAACGGGUUAUGUGAAGCCCACCCCCGUUCAGAAGUACGGCAUCCCCAUCAUCUCUGCAGGCAGAGAUAUCAUGGCCUGCGCCCAGACUGGAUCUGGUAAAACGGCUGCUUUCCUGCUGCCUAUCCUGCAGCAGCUGAUGGCAGAUGGCGUGGCAGCGAGUUCCUUCAGUGAGCUACAGGAGCCCGAGGCCAUCAUCGUGGCCCCCACCAGGGAGCUCAUCAGCCAGAUUUACCUGGAGGCCAGGAAGUUUGCCUUUGGGACAUGUGUGCGUCCAGUUGUGGUUUAUGGUGGAGUCAGCACUGGACACCAAAUAAGAGACAUUCUGAGGGGGUGCAAUGUGCUGUGUGGAACACCAGGGAGACUGCUGGAUGUGAUUGGAAGAGGAAAGAUUGGCUGCUCUAAGCUGCAGUACCUGGUGCUGGAUGAGGCUGACCGGAUGUUGGAUAUGGGCUUUGAGCCUGACAUGCGUCGCUUGGUGGCCUCGCCUGGAAUGCAGUCCAAAGAGAACCGGCAGACUUUAAUGUUCAGUGCAACCUACCCUGAGGACAUCCAGAGGUUGGCGGCCGACUUCCUGAAGACGGACUAUCUGUUCCUGGCUGUGGGGGUAGUGGGCGGAGCUUGCAGAGAUGUGGAGCAGAAGUUGCUCCAGGUCACCAAGUUCUCCAAGAGGGAAAAACUGCUGGAUAUCCUCCAAACCACUGGAACGGAACGCACCAUGGUUUUUGUGGGGACCAAGAGACAAGCUGAUUUCAUUGCCACUUACUUGUGCCAACAGAAUGUUCAGACCACCAGCAUUCAUGGUGACCGUGAGCAGCGGGAGCGAGAGCAGGCUCUGGCAGACUUUCGCUCCGGCAGACGGCCAGUCCUGGUGGCCACUUCUGUAGCUGCCCGGGGUCUGGAUAUUCCAGAUGUGCAGCAUGUGGUGAACUUUGACCUCCCUGACAACAUUGACGAGUAUGUCCACCGUAUUGGGAGAACCGGUCGCUGCGGGAACACUGGGAGGGCCUUGUCUUUCUAUGACCCUGAUGCUGAUGGCCAACUUGCCCGCUUCCUCAUUAGCAUCCUGUCCAAGGCCCAACAGGAAGUGCCCUCCUGGCUGGAAGAGUCCGCAUUCGGUGACUCUGGAUCUGAAGGCUUCAACACCUUCACUUCCACAGACUCCAGGAAGGGAGGAUCAUUCGCAGCCAGCGGAGCAAGGAGCCAGCCGGCUUUUGCGGCUGCAGAAGAAGACGAAGUGUGGGAGUAGAGCCAAGCACUCAGCAUUGAUCGGAGUUAUUUUUCUGUUUAGGUGUUCAGCUUUCUGCAGUUUGGUGUUCUCAGUUGGGACUAUAUAAAAAUAUCACAAGAUGUGAAUGGGAAACCAGGUCCUGUGUGACGUGACCACAAUAUGGAUACUUGGUUUGAAUUCAAGUUCAUUUAAUGGAGUUAUGGAACGCAAGGUGUCUGAUUCCAUAUUCCAAUGUUGCUUUGUUUCUUACUGAGAAAACAAGGAAUAAAUCCGAUUUGUUCAAAUCCUC